AUGGACGAGGAAGGCGGCGGCAGCGUGCCUGAUGACCUUUCUACAGAGGAGAGAGAAGAGCUGUUGAAUAUUCGUCGUAGAAAAAAGGAAUUAAUCGAUGAUAUUGAGAGGCUAAAAUUCGAAAUAGCAGAGGUUAUGACGGAAAUCGAUAACUUGACAAGCGUGGAGGAAUGCAAAACGUCACAGAGGAACAAGCAAAUAGCGAUGGGGCGAAAAAAGUUCAACAUGGAUCCGAAAAAGGGAAUCCAGUUUCUCAUAGAAAACGACCUCUUGCAGAACACCCCGGAAGACAUUGCAAAAUUCCUUUAUAAAGGGGAAGGACUAAAUAAAACUGUAAUUGGAGAUUAUCUCGGCGAAAGGGAUGAUUUUAAUAUUAAAGUACUUCAAGCUUUUGUUGAACUCCAUGAGUUUGCUGAUCUCAAUCUCGUCCAAGCCUUAAGGCAGUUCCUGUGGAGUUUCAGGCUUCCAGGAGAGGCGCAAAAGAUUGAUCGUAUGAUGGAAGCUUUCGCUGCACGCUAUUGCCUUUGUAACCCUGGAGUCUUUCAGUCUACAGAUACGUGCUAUGUGCUAUCUUUUGCCAUCAUCAUGUUAAACACUAGCCUACACAACCACAACGUCAGAGAUAAGCCAACGGUGGAGCGGUUUAUAUCUAUGAACUGCGGCAUCAAUGAGGGCGGUGACCUCCCGGAGGAAUUGCUGCGGAAUCUAUACGAAAGCAUUAAAAACGAGCCCUUUAAAAUUCCAGAGGAUGAUGGGAAUGAUUUAACCCAUACGUUUUUUAACCCAGACCGAGAAGGUUGGCUGCUGAAAUUAGGAGGAAGAGUAAAAACGUGGAAAAGGAGAUGGUUUAUCCUGACAGAUAACUGCCUGUAUUACUUUGAAUACACAACAGACAAAGAACCCCGAGGAAUUAUCCCUUUGGAAAACCUCAGCAUAAGAGAAGUUGAGGAUCCACGAAAACCAAACUGUUUUGAGCUCUACAACCCCAGCCACAAGGGCCAAGUCAUUAAAGCCUGCAAGACGGAAGCGGACGGCCGGGUGGUCGAAGGCAACCAUGUGGUUUACAGGAUCUCUGCCCCCACCCCCGAGGAGAAAGAGGAGUGGAUCAAGUCCAUCAAAGCAAGCAUCAGCAAGGACCCAUUCUAUGACAUGCUGGCAACCCGGAAGAGGAGAAUUGCCAACAAAAAAUAG